CUUUUGUGAUGAAGAUUAAAAAAAGAAAACAAGAUGUCUGCGUCCAUGGAAGAAGUGUCUGUUCGUGUAAAACUUUUCUUUGACAAUCUACCACUGCCAUGCUCUUGGGUUUUGGUAAAGAAAAGAAAGUGUCCAAAAGUAAAAGAUUUUCUUGCCUACGUUAGGCGGAAGUUCGUGCCCCAGAGGGACGGGUCUGUAUCCAUCCUCAUCAAUGGCUGCACAGUCCCUGAGUGGGAAAAAUCGUCCAUAUUUCGUGAAGAUGACACUGUACAUCUUUCUUUCAAAGACAUAACACAUGUUUCCGAGGUUUCUAAUAGGUUAACAAUACCAGAAGAGUAUACAGAAAUUUACAAUAAAGAUAAGGAUUUAGGAAAAAAGAAAAAGAGCAAAAAAGAAUCAGCUUCAAUUCGAAGUAAAGAAACAGAGAAAGAUGAUGUAGAAGUAGUCAUGUACAUAUCAGAUGAUGAAGAAAAUCAGACAAAAAAGAAGCAAAAAUUAUCAACAGAAAAGCAUGAAACUCUGGGAGAUGAGGAUAUGACACCAAAUAGAGAUACAAAUCAGACAGAGGAUACUGUCAAAUCAGACAAGAAAAAGCGAACGAGAAAACGUAAAAGGCAACGAGAAGAGGCAGCACCUGCUGUUACUGUCAGCAACAAGCCAAUCAAUGUCAAACCUCUCAGACAGCAUGUAGAUCUGACCAGUAACAUGCACAUCAAGUUUACAUCAGAUAACGAGGAAGAGGAGUCAUGUUCAACAUUUGACUCCUCGAGGAUCCAGCAAGACGCUCUACAGCAGGAGGAGGAGUCCCUCAAAACCAGCACCCCGGUGUAUCACAGACAAAGGGAACAAACUGUAGAUCUGUCAUACAGUGAGAGUCCCUCAGACAGGCCCGCUGUGACACAGUCUGUUCUAGCCAAUGGUGUGGCAGUGUUUUCUCGACCCAGAAGUCGACAAAUCAAAAACAACAGUUUUAGAGAGCUGACAAAAGAACAGCAGUUGUCAACAAAACUUACUAACAGGUCCUUUGUUCUACAGAACACAAGUCUGAGUAAUGGUAAAGUGGAACAUGAAUCAGCACCAGUGACCUAUCCUGAGAGGUCAUUCACUAAUGCCAGUCCCGUCAUCGCUAUCCCAGUACGCAGGGAAUACCAGCAGUUUCCAUUACUUCAGGGCAAUCCUAACCCAGGAGAUAAGAUAGCAUUCAAGAUGCUUGAAAUGUCAGAAAAUUACACUCCAGAAGUGGGAGAUUACAAGGAGGCAGAAGUACUCAGUUUUAACAGCUCCUCACAGAUUGUGGAAAUGAAAAUCAGUCCAGGAUUCAAUAAAGAGAGAACGUCAGGAAAAUUUGAAGUUGAUUUAAACGAGGAGGAAACUGAAAUGAACUCGGAAGACGCAAUGGUGGAGUCACACCCUUUGACCUCUCUAAUGGAAGUGAGGCUUAUCACUGAGUGAAUGGAAUUAGUUAAUUAUUGAUUGAGUCAGAGUUCAUAUAAUUGUAAACAUGCACACCUCAUGUGACCAAAGUCAUGUAAAAUAUUUGUUAUGCAUAUGUAUGAAAAUUACAUGUACAUGUGUGCCUUUUUAAAAAAAAAAAAAAAAACAAAAACAAAAUAAACAAUUUCUUACAAAGAGACGCCUUAAUGACCAUUUCACAUUAAAAGGAAC